AUGCCGGGUGGGCGUGAGGCAAGCUGUCGACUUGACCGGUGGUACUGCUCGGCCGUCGACGGAGAAUGGGUACGCGUAAUCGGCACGUCUAUUCCUGGUCCUUUCUCCGAUCACAACGGUGUUUCAAUACGUGUGGCAGUUCCUGGACGGACUGUGCAGGUGAAGUCGCGAAGGCAGUUGUACCCGCCGCCUAGGUACGCUGUGCGAGAGUACGAGUUGAUGACGACGGACUUUUUCCAACGUGCAUCAAGGACCCUUGAAGGCGUCAUCGCAACAGCAGACACCGUUACGGAACAAGCCCGGGCAACGGCCAUAUGGUGGGAUGCUGAAAAAGCUGGACUGCGACAGAGAUACUCCGAUGCGGCCAAGGAUGCUCGCCGAAAAUCUACGACCGGCUACCGACAGCGCCUAAAGCGGCUUACCGCCCGUCUGGCGACCGCGAUCCGAGAAACCCCUGGUCCGGGUGCUGAUCCGUCUCAAUCGGUCAUCCAAGCCCGACGUGCGGUAGUAGAUUGCAAGGCCAAGUGGCAGAAGAUGAAACGUCGAUCGCUUUUUCGGUCCCAUGCACACCAUCCGGCACGGUCACAAAAAAAAAUUCUACCGCAGAGUGUCGACCAAGUUUGUCGAUAA